AUGGACAUCGUUAGGACUGGCAACGAUUUUGCCUACCUGCCGUCCCAAGUGGCCGUUUUCGGACAGUCUCUGUUUUCUGGACGAAAGUUGCCUCUUCAAAGCAGUGAGCUGGAUAGGUUUAGAAUGCCUCUUCUGCCCGGACCGGUCGCCAAAGCCAAGGUAAGCCAACAGUUCUACAGCGACGAGUCAUUCAGAUGUAUUCUAGACAGCUUGCAAUAGUGCGUAAGUUUUCUAGGUAACAGUUAUCUGUCGGUGUAUGACACGAAAGUACGGGACUGGGGUAUUAGUUUUCUGUCGGAGCAGAUGUCAUAUUUCCAUAGUUCAUUGUGGAAAAUGAUUGUUAUUUACGAAGCAUAUUCAGUUGUCCGUCUACAACUCCAUGUCUACGACUCCAUGGUAAGUAACCUUUUCCUCGGCCACAGGAUUGGGUCACGAACUGUGAUGGGUUUAUUUGUGAUGUUGACCGCAUUUUUUAAGAUGAAAGAGAGAAAGAUAACUACUGUAAUCUAAAUGUUUACCGCAAUCACAUCUAAACUAUGAGGUUCAGUGAAAAAGUGAUGGAAAACUCGAGGCAAAAUCGGAAUAAAAGUCGAGGAUUUCUGCUUAUGUUAGUAAAUAAAUAAGUUGGGGAAUCGUUAUUGAAUUUUAAACCUUCCGACACGUAAGAGUCUAGGACGUGAAGAGGGUGCAUCAAUCACAAUGCGCAGAAGCUCGUUCGAGGCGGGAAAAUUAUUCUCAUCAUCGUUAAAUGAACCUCCUUUUGAAUAAUUUAAGUAGCAAAUGAUUUGACCGGUCAUAGACGUCACCAAAUGGUCGUACUAAUUGCAAAAGAACGGCUCGGGCAUGCCUAGGAGAAUGACAGUAGGUUUCAAAGCCUGUUGUAGCUAUCGGUUGGACUGCAAGCCAAGGCGUCCCUUCUCCGAUGCUGUGUAGAUUUUCUGUUUAGAGCACCCGAACUUUUCAUUACGUUCAUUUUUGCAAAUAUCAAAUAUGCCAGGGUUGGUAAAACCGUGAUGAAGAGACGAGUUUCAAAUCGAAUACGGAUUUACUGGACUUCAAACAAUUAGUGACUAACUGAAAGGGGAACCAGAAUUUUGAUUCAUUCUGAAAGCGUGAUUGCUCCAGGAGAGCUCACGUCAAAAUCGAUGUUUUCCUUUCGAUCGGAUAAAAAGGAUAGGCGUUUGGGACAGUUUACUAGUUAAAAAACUGCAGAAAAUGACCAAACUGUUGAUCGGAACUGUAAGAAAUGAUCUUCUCUUUUGAAUAAUUACAACCUCAUAUCCUAUUGGCUUCAGGCGCAUUUCAGACCCGACCCCCACAUCUUACCCUCUUCGAAUUCUUCCAGUCCAGUCUUAAAUUCUAAAUAUUAGAUGAUAAAUCAUCCAUUUUGGGUAAAUAAGGCGUUUCAAGUAGGAUUGUAAUAAUAUUAUAAUUUGUUUCCCUCUUAAUGCGUCUCCUCAUACGAUCUACAGUAGCAUUCUAUGUUAGUCACACUUUCCAUGAGUUUUUUGGCGAUAUCAGUUAAAAACCGCUCACAUUUAUAGUUAUUUACAAGCUUUAUUCCAGUUUCUUAUAAACAUGGCGCCUGUGGGGCGUAUGCCACAUGCGCCCUUAAGGCCGUUUUGACCUAUCUGUUCGGACUUAUCCAGGCAGAUAGAAAGCAUAAUGAAUUCCCUUCCCUUCAAUUUUAAUUCAUCGCUAUCGUUUUGCCGAAUUCUCUCUUUUCUCUCAUUUCACCCACUUCUUUCCUCUACCACUUUUCUUCUUGCGCCAUCAUCUUUAACUCCUUUCUCUUUCAUUCAUCCUUGCCACUCUUUUUCCUCCAUUUCUGUACUCUUUUUAUCUCCUUCUCCUCGCCUAGUUAUCCUUCCCUUAUUUUUUCAAUUUUUGUUUCCCCCUCCUCUUUUGAUUUUCGAGACCCUCCCUCUGCCCAUUCUUUUAGGCAAGUGCUAUGCACUGGCCACACCUUGCCAUGCAGAGAGCGCAGGUUACUUACUACAUCACCGUGCGCAGUUACCGUAAAAGUCAGCCAAAGUCGAGAGGUCUUCGUGUGCAGUCUUCGCAUGACGCUGCGCCGCCGCUCACGUUGGUUCUCAGCGGCUGUGAAGGCAGAUCGCCCAGCCUCUCCUUGCCCUUCUCCCUGCGCUACCGGCUGAUGCACGAAAAACGCAACCUCCUGUCCUCGCACGCCACCAGCACGAGUGCCACUCCAACGCCGCGCUCCGGUAGGCUCAGUGCACGUCGGGCACAGCAGCGUUUCGAGAGUGUGGAAGACGACUGCCUGGACGUAUUUAACUCAGAGGCCCUGCAUGUGGACAAGUUCGGUUUCACCUGCGACCGCCUGGGCUCGGUUUCAAGCCUAGAAGUGAUGCCGGCGGACGCUGCCAUCUCUUCCAGUAAGAGUUUGACUUUUGUUCGACUAAACUGCUGGAUUGUAAGGCUCUUACUGCAUACUCACUGACCUUCACCGCUACUCACACUACGGUCAUCAGCAUUCUUCGUUAUAAAACUCCCGCAUGCAACACAGCAACCAACUCCGUCGCUAGGCCGACAAACACAAUUUCGUAAGGUGCCAAACCAUAGACCAUUUACAUAAGGCCAGUAAGCCUACUACCUUGACGUAAUUCCUUUAAAUGAUGACAUGAUUGUUACCCUCACUACUUCUCAGCUAACGAGCUCAAGCAGCUGGACUAGCCUACUGAUAGCCAUUUAUGGUCCAUUUAUUUAGUCCUUAGUAUCGUGGACAUAGUUGGAGUCUGUGUUUCUUCGUCCUUCGUUCGUUACACAGGUGGUCAACCCACCGGGUACUGAUAGGGAAUGUGCGAGACGGUUGAUGUGGAGGGUUGCAAGGAACUCCCUUCUUUGUUACCGCGAAGUUGUGCGCUUCAGUGUACAUCGAUAUGAUAUUCUAGGAGGUGGCAGGGCACUUAAAAUACAUAGUUAUGUGUGGUAAUGAACUGGCAGGCGCACCCUCGCCAACAGCGGCAAGAGUAACAUGCUAAAGGCUGUCGAAGGUCAUAGCCAUCGCAACUUUGACAGCCGACGGCUGGGAUAUUAGCUAACUCGGUCUCAUCAGACGAGAACCAGAAGCGCCGUUACACCGGCCCAAACUCUGCCAGUCACGAAGGUAUCCACGCUCGGGAAAGGGUGUAGGUGAACGAAACAUUUGUUUCUGGGCUAGCUCAUGUGGGGUUGGUGGUCUCUGUUUACCACUUCAAGAUCGCCUUUGCUUUCAUUCUAAGAGUUCAUGUUGCCAGAUUAGCAAUUUUCGACCAAAGAGAGGCGAAAUUUUCUUUCUAAACAGACUCCGGGCACCACUUUCCUAUCUGCCAUCGUCCGAAAAAGUUCAUUUAGUGUUUAAGGUGUUUCAGCUGCACCGUAUUUCCAUCCAAAUCAUUUAACUUUUGUGAUGUAGACAGAAAGGGCAGUCGGGAAAUCGAACUCCUCAUCGCAUAUCUAGUCAUAUUUCUCCUGACUAGUCAUUUUGGCUAAGCAGCAAUCGACCGCUCCGUUUGAAACAAUUAAUUGCAUGUGUCUAGGGCCGUAACCAACAAGAUUAAUGCAGUCGGCUUCAGUCAAGGAGUUUUCCUGUCCUCCUUACUGUCCCAAAAUACCGUGUAAACAGUUGGACUAUGCGCACCAUGAGUUAAUCAAAGUGUUCGCAAAACAGGGCACGCGUUCGUAUCAGCCUGACUUUAGUAGUGCUGAAACAUUUGAGGAACAAUGUGUACCAUCCAUUAUAAAUCGCACCACUCAAUUAUCAGCGGUUAACUUGUUUUGAUUAAGGGAAGACCUUGAGUUCAAUAAUACCAGACAUGCCUACCUGUUCAAAAAUUGAUUAUUUUUGUUUCGUCCGGCUACCUCGACAAACGAUACGUCAUAAUGUAUCAAUCCUUCAAAAUUCCUACUUUUCCCCGCCGACCCGGGUUCCAUGAGCUAGUAAACGUUAUCCACUUGUUGACCGUAAAAUUUAUUUAUAAAUAAAAUAGGAAAAAAAAUAGGAAAAAAAUUAUAAAAUUAUAAAAUUAUUAUAAAUUAUAAAAUUAUAAAUUAUAUAAAUUAUAUAAAAUUAUUAUAUAAAUUAUAAAAAUAGGAAUCCCGUCUUGUCUUUUACAAGCCAACUAGGGCCUUUUAAUGGGCGGUUGAUCAACUCCUUUCCACAUACAAUUACACAAAAGACUUCAAGAAAUUGAUUGGGACUUUUCCUCUUUGUUUUUCCGGUGUUACAUUCCCACGUUGUUGGAACUUUCACAGUUAUUGUUAAAUUGCUUCUAGUUAAUAGCAAAAUCUUAAAAAGGACCUCAAAUGAGACAGUGAUAUACGGCUUUCGACGUUAUUUCAAGUCAAUUUUACAGAAACGUAAAGUUGUUUGUCCCUCACAGAGAGGUUUGUGCCAAACUUCUCAUCCUCUGCACCAUUCAGACUUCGGUAAGAUGGACUUGCUUAAAAGGACAUUGGACUAUUUCAGCGGCUUAUUUAGACUCAAUAUAUACCCAUCUAGUUGCAUUAUGCGACUGCCCAUGGAACACUAGCUUUUGUUAAAGCCUCACCCAAUCAUCGUUCUUGAUCUCAAGCACGAAAAAGCCCUACUAGCCCUUUAGCAUUUUUCAACCGAUUUUAGAUACUCACGUGAAGUUAGUUCAUUUUCUCACUAAGGACUAAGGAAAUAAACUCUUCUUAUCAUCCUUUUCUCCUAGCCGAUGAAGAUUGGUUCAUACAGUCUUUUACAAUUGAGGACAGGGACAACAGGUUGCAGUAUCACUUUGAGUGCAAUCAGUGGCUCAUCUCAAAGACACGCCGAUUCAUUUUGGACCGACCAAUGACACCGCCACGAGCCAAAGAUAAAUGCUCCCAGUUCCCAACACCACGGUUCUCCGACACAAGAAACUCCUCACGCCUCUUUUACCCAAGUAGUCAGCACAGAAUGGAUCACUACAGUGGUGAUGAGUCUAUACUCUUCUCCGAACGCAGCGAGAAGAUCUUCCAGCACAUCUACCAUGUGGAGCCGAGAAUAUUUAGUGAAGAGUUGGAGGGCCCUGCGGAGGUCUUCCCUACGCCCGACUGGUGUGAACAGAUGUGCACUCUAAAUCUGAAACUUCUCGUGACGGUUCACCGCCAGUACACGGUCAAUCUGCUGGAAAACGGGUAUGCAAUCACGCAACAGUUAGUGGGUCUGGAGGGAAGGCACACUCAAGCCUGCCCAACCCAGCUGCCCCCAGUCUACAGUGCACAGAAAAUGACCUUCGACCUUCUACAACUUCUUUAUUCCCUGGAGAGCAUUCAGUCGCCCAAGUUUGAGGUCCUGGACAUAGACGCAGUAGAAAUUCAGCUGCAUGCUCGAAAAUUCCCGUGUGUUGGUCCAUCGCAAUUCAAAGAGAUGUCUUUGUUGGAGACGACCUUUAGUUGCUGCAACUUCCCCGCAACCGUCACGCGCUGUUGUCUGGAGGAUACUACCGCGUAUGUUUUUUCAAUGAUUUAAAUUGGAUUGCUUUUUAUUGAAAAGUCCUAAGAACUACCAGAAUCUACAUAAAGCGCGUCCGGAGAAUCCGCUGAUGGCCAAGUCCCUCGAGUUUUUAUCUCAACAGUAGAAAAUUGCGAAACAUAUUUCUGAGAAUUUAACAGUUAGCUACUUUGACUAUGUUAAAUCAUUUCCAGUCUACCAAUUAUGACUUAUGUACCAACCGCAGUUUUGCUGGACGGUAGGCUAACCACAUUCAAAAGAUAGAGAUCGGUAUUAUGGUUUCUAAGCAGAAAAACUUGUCAUCAUAUUCCUGACUUUUAGUCAUCCUCAAGGAUAAAUGGAAGGCCUCCUGAUGCCAAACUAUCGGCCUCUUUCCUGCGGGGAAAACCCUGUGACGAUUGCUCCUACCUAAGAAUUUAGAAGUCAGACUUAAGUCGGGUCGGGUGACAAUGGCCACCGAAAGAGCUAGCUUAAAAGGACAUACAUUUGUCUGGAGAAGUCCCUCGAAGUUCGAAUCCACCGACCUCUCACUGUUCUGCUGCUUUUUCUUAAUCAUCACAUCCUCAUUAUCGUCGUCAUUUCCUCAUUUAACCUUUGAUUUAUAACCUUACUUGGGUUUUUUAUGUUCCUCUGAUUCGUGAAACUGAAUUAAGGUUCCUUAUCGAGCCACUCCAUAAACUGUCAAUAAUGAUCCUCUUUUCCAGGUUUCGUUCCUUCACAACAGCCGUCAGCCAGCUCGGUAACCGUUGCUGCAAUCGCACAGAGUCCAUCGAAGAGAUGGAACCCGGUCCCUUGACCUAUACCCUCUCCGUGGUCGUUUUUCAUUCGAACGACUGCACCUUGUCCUCGGUGGUUUCCUACGACACGAUUAUCCACCUGCCAGAGACUGCAGGAGUGAAUAGCGUCCAGCCGUCUGGAGACACACUUUAUGAUGAGGAGACUGAAGAAGAUGAGUUGAUAUUCCACAAAAACUGCGCCCCGACAAUAAGCCCGCCACCAUAUAUCCGAUCACCGAAAGAUUCGACCUGUAUUUAUCACAUCAGUCCUUCGCCCUUGCUGGCUACGCAGACGGUGGCAGAAACCACCGUCAUGAACGAGAAACCUGAAGAGUUAACAUCAGAGGCGCCGGCGGCGGAAGAGCAGGAGCAAGUUUUCGUAUUGCAGGUGACAGGCCGACUCGAUCUGUCUCUUCAGCAGAAAUGUGCGGUGCGCAGCGACUUCGCAGUUGUGCGGACCGGCACCCUGAUUGAUUUCAUUGCUCCACUCGGGCAGGUGAGUAUCUUUCAAGCCCUGUUUCUUUUAAAAGGUCCUAACCUACGUCGUUGUCUCCCCUGAAUGUCAGCUCCUGUAUGCGAAUUUCUGUGGCAUUGGGCGUCAACUGAUAUCAUGUUUGCCAUCAAGCGUCUUGCAGACCCAAAGAUCAUGGGGCACGGACCGAAGACUUAAUUUAUAUUGUUAAGGGUAAAAUCCAUGAGAGCGUAGUUGAAAGACAGAUACUCCUAAUCAAAUCCACGCACUGGAAUGCGUUGUUUUUAUAUUCAGAAUCAUCCCAUACAUACCUGUCGACGCCCCCUUACAGAUCCUUACCGCGUGGUUUGAACGUACGUAUUGUGAAGCUUUUGCAAAGGUUACUCUUCCUGUGAAUUAUUUGCACGAAAAUCAAUUGAAUUAAGAACAGAGGCGAAUUCGGGAGUUUCAUAUGAAUGUAUGGGGUGACUGGUCGAUCACCAGAAGAUACGAAAACACCACCAAAGAUAUGACGUACUCUACCAUACAUCACCAUCCGAACGCACUGGUGUGGGACUAGGUAUUGAAACUGCACCCUGGUCCAAAGUUAUCAUGCACAACAAACUGUUUAAAGCCCAGGAAACCUAUGUGGUAUAGUUUAUCGCAUCCCCUGCUCGGACUGCUUGAAAUUACGCAGGUCAGACUGGACGCAGCUCAGAUCGCAUGCACACAAACGCAAGGCGGUUGUGCGGCGAGGUAACGAAUUAUCACAAGUGACUGCCCACGCUUUCGAAGUGGGUCACUAGUUCCACUUCGCAGCCGCCGAGAUAACUGCCCAUACCAGGAGCGAAACGAUUCGAAACUGAUUUGAAGUCUGGGCCUUGGAAAAUAAGUCAAUCGAUCGGCAUAUUCAUCUGACACCCUGUGUAGUCACCUCCUUAUCUGCGGCCCUGGUCGUUUAUUGGUCAAUACCACUAUAACUGUCGCUUUUCCUCCUCUGCAGGAGUUCGACAGCUCGGGAAAAUAAAUAUCUGGUACCGGUGGUCGACCAGCCUCCCUACUCAUCAGUUUAAUUUCCGUAGAAAUUUGGCGGCAGAUAAAGGCAUAUGCUACUUGGCCCAUUAGGAAAUAUGGUUGUCAUAACUUAGAGUUCAUUUGCCGAACGGGCGAGGUUUGGUUCUGCAGCCCCACCUGAGUGAUAUCAUAUGGUUAGCUUACUGAAACAAUAUUAGUUAACAUACCCAAUUUAGCCCCUCGCUGAGUUAGGAAUGGAAAGAGUGCACAAGCAAAGCUUGAAGAACGCGCACGGAAGCGAAUGAAGGUGGCGUGUACACACUCCUCCCGACAGAGUCGCGCCGAACUGAAAGGAUAAGGCGGACGCAAUCACAACUGGAAGGCCACGGGGGGAACCGCGUGGCAAUUUGCGGUGCAUGGCCACUGUAGUAGAACUGACGGAGUUCCCCACCGUCCGAACAAUUCCAUUAUCUAGUCUACUUAGUCGCUCGUUGGAUUAGGAUAAUGAAGAGGGCGCAAACAAGGCUCGAAACACGCGCAGGGGAGCGUGCGUGAGCUGACGUAUAAGCAUUCCUCCCCCUGGCACAGUCAUUCGCUGAAUUACAAUUGUAGGGAAGAUGUAAAUGCAUGACAUUUGUAAAGUUACCGUACUCGCAUCUACUAAAAUGUUUUUAAAAUGCUAACCACGUGGUAUCACUCAGGUGAGGCUGCAGAAUCAGACCUCGUCGCCUAAUGUGCUCAGGACCACCACUGAUCCAGAAAGGACGCGGUGGUGACUUACGAGUACCGUACCUUACGUUGGAGUGACUGCUGAAGAGUUCCGUCACAACAACUGAUCAAAUACUCUGUCCCCAUGUCGUGUGCCCCACGUGUUGGUCACCCGGCACGUAUGGACACACGCCCAAUACAAGAAUCCCUAGCCUCUUUUAAGUUGAACCCAAAAGUACCAUGCAUUUUAUCGGUCCCAACCACAGCUACACAUGUUGAAAUGUAUCAAUUGACUGGUAUUCGCUUCACAGAGCUGACGGCACAUAUGCAAUCGGAUGAAGAAAUUCCGGUCCCACGAGGACGGGGACCUCAAUUCAACACAUGCACCGCAUCAAUUCAGCUUCCCUCAAAUAUUCAUUUAUAUAACUUCUCCGACUGAAGAGUGAAUUGUUUUUAGAUCUUCAGCACAUCUUUGUUUUUGAUCACGAGAUGAUUUUGAAGAAAUAUCUCAUGUUCAAAGUUUGCAUAUACAUUAUUCUUCCGACACAAAUGGCUAUUUUUCGAGUUCCGAAAAUCUUGUGGUUUAUUAAAAUGAGCAUUUAUCGAGAACGCCUUAGUUGAUCUUACCUCUUCUUAAAAGGCCAAAAUUAUUUAAAUCAUUAAUAUUAUAAUGAAUAUUGAUAAACAUUCGUUGUAUUUAUACGAAAGUCAGUACGUUGACUGAUAUCGGAAGAACAUGUAGGCGGCAACAAAUGGCUCAAAGUAAACAUUUUUCCGCUGCGAGGAAUAAUUUCCACAGGGAAAUCCGCAAGGAAAAAUCGCUUUUCAUAAGGAGUUGGUUCUUCGCAAACAUCGAAAAUCAAUAGCAAACUUAUGCCCCACCCAACGAAUUAUUUUUUGUGAGGCUAUUGUUAGUGACUGGAACAUUUUUAACAGGGGGUUUAGACACCCCCAUCUACGGGCUUUAUUUUCAAAAUGACGAGUCAUGUUUAUCCAAUCAUUUUAGAAAGUCAGUGUUUGUCUGUAACUUGCCGUACCUCAAAAGCCGGUAAACAAACUGGCGCUCGCUAUCUAAAUGGUCCUCUUUCUUCUGUCUCUUUAGCUUAUUACGGACGACACUCUAGGUUUCGAUGGAACCCUACGCACAGAAUCUCCCCUCUACGAGACUGCAGCCGAUUCAAUAAUGGAGACUGAGUACGAAAGCCUCACCUUUAGGGUUGAUCGACCCCUAUCCGCCAGUUCAAACUACACCUUCACACCGAAUAUAGAAUCCCUAAGUGUUAGUAGUCCUGUGAUCUUCGCCUCUCCCAUGUAA